UGCGGGAAGGGAAAGGGUUAGGCGCGCAAGCACCACGUGAAGGGGGAAGAGCUUGCGCCUGGCUCUCCGCCUCCUCGCCUUCGCAACCCGGAAAGCAGCCCCGGCCACGAAAGCGGGGCGGGCAUGGCGGGGAUUAAAGCCUUGGUUUUGCUGUCAUUUACUGGUGUCAUUGGCCUGACAUUUCUUAUGUUGGGAUGUGCCUUGGAACGUUAUGGGGUCUACUGGCCAUUAUUUGUCUUGAUAUUCUACUUCAUAAGCCCCAUUCCUCACUUCAUUGCAAAAAGAGUCAGUGAUGACACAGAUGCUGCAAGCAGUGGCUGCAUAGAACUGGCAUACUUUUUCACUACGGGAAUUGUGGUUUCUGCCUUUGGAUUUCCUAUCAUUCUUGCCCGUGUUGAACUGAUCAAGUGGGGAGCUUGUGCCCUUGUGCUGGCUGGCAACGCUGUAAUUUUCCUUACCGUUCUAGGCUUUUUUGUUCUUUUUGGCAGAGGAGAUGAUUUUACCUGGGAACAGUGGUAGACUUCAGUAUGAUCUGGAUCUGCACUACCUAACACACAUGGACCUUAACUAUUGACUUGGCAUUUACAGUGCAUUGUAAUUGUGUGUAUAUACAAUGUAUAUAUGUGCAUAUGUUAACCUAUAUUAAGUACAUGCAUGUAUAGUCAUACAAAGUUUGAAAUGAAAAUAGCCUUUAGGCAAAAUCCAACAGUGCAUUGUGAUAUCCAACACCAGCAACACUAAAAGCACCAGCAGCACACUGAAUUACCUGCUCUGGAGAAUCUCUACAUUUUUGGAACAAUUUGUAGGAUGGAUGGAUGGAGUAGGAGCUGCAGGAAGAGGAAUGUCACUCAUUCUGCCAGAGGCAACAGCAAUCAGCUGAAGAAAAAAAUUAGAUUUUGACUUUGAUAUUUUGAGUGAUUAUAAACACAGGUAAUUCAUUGCAUUCCAAAGACUGGUGUAUGUGUUUAGUAUAAUGUGUGUAAUCUACUAUAGCAUCUGAAGAUUUUGGAAGGGACCCCUUUCAGACACAUUCUUUGGGGAAAAAACAGGGUAUAAAAAGUGGGAUUGUAAUUGAUUGAUCAGUUGAUUUUAGCAUACAUAUUGCAGUUUGUGAUUGGAAGCUAAGCAGGCUUGAGUCUGUUUAGUACUUGAAUGGAAUUGCCAAGAAAUGCCAAGAGAUGUAGGUUAUAUUUCAAAGCAAAGCAAAGACAAACCGCAUCUGAGUUUUCCUUGCCUAAGAAAACCCUAUGAAAACAAUGUAUUCGCCAUAAGUCAACAGACAACGUAAAGCCACAUAAACACAUAGGGUUUUCCCUGGUAUUUGCAAUUGAUACAACAAUUCCUUUUUUGGUGUUGUUUAUUACACUAUAGUAAAACAUCUUGAGCCUUAAGAAAUAGAAAAUAAAAUCUCUUAAAAGAUCAACAGAUUUGAUUUUGUUCCAGUACUGAUAUAACUGUUCUCUAAUAGAACUCUCUGUUGACAACUAUUUUUAAGUAAAAUGGAGCAUCCAUCCCAUCCAUCAUAAUUCACACAAUUUUUAAUUACUCAGUCUUAAAAAUGAUUUUUCAGCUUUCUCCUCCCCUCCCCCAAAAGGUUUUACAUGCCUACAUUUAGAAUAUAUAUAUAUAUAUAUAUAUAUAUAUAUAUAUAUAUAUAUAUAUAUAUUAGUUUUGAAUUCAGUGAUAUAAUUGUGAAAUGUUCUUUCACAUGGUGGAUUACAUUCAUAAUUUUACUCAGACAGAUUAACAAACUCUUUCCAUCCAUAGGAGACUUCCAGUCCAUCAAAAGACACCCACUGACAGCAAAGAGCAUAUUUUCAUUGAUUCCAUUGCAGACCCCAGUGCUGUCCCAUAUCACAUUCUGAAGUAGUAACUGAGUAUCCAGAGAGUGAAAUAGAAGUUAGUGUGAACUACAAAGAGAAGGCAAGAUAGACAAAUAUUGUGUACCCCCUUCCUUUCUGCCUGUUGGAGUGCUUCUUUUUAAAAUGGUAACAAAAUGGCAAACUUUCCCUCUCUUUCCUUUGUAAAUUCUGAUUGCUGUUGCUUGCCUGUUGCAAUUUGUUUGAAAUGGGUUUAACUGCUAAGCUUAUAAGGAUUCCAGAUGGCUUGAUACUGAGAAGUUCCAAGUUUGUUAACCUGUUUGUACUGAACAUUCAUCUACUUCAGUGUUUUCCAUGAUAGUAAACCUCGAAGUGCCUUUACCUCCCAAGAUUAUUGUGGUUGAAGAAAAUUUGUGCAUUAUGUAAUAUGUGUUUUUGCAAUCUGAUCUUUCAACAAACCAGCUGCUUUGUAUUUGCUCUUGUUUAACCUUUUCUAUAUUUUAUAUCUGCAAUUCUGUAACUUUAUUAUAAACUGUAUCAUUUGAAGUACUAAAAUCAUGCACUAUUGGAAUGUAAUUGUGAACAGAAACAAGAUUCAAACUCUAAUAAAACUAAACUUUAAAAUA